AUGGCGAGGCUUAAGGGGGCCGUGGUUGAGUGUUGGUGGUGUGUUGGGCCGACGAGACACGCAACACAACACAACACACGCUACCACCGCCCUGACUACCACCGCUACCACCGCCCUGACUACCACCGCUCCCACCGCCCUGACUACCACCGCUCCCACCGCCCUGACUACCACCGCUCCCACCGCCCUGACUACCACCGCUACCACCGCCCUGACUACCACCCCUACCACCGCCCUGACUACCACCCCUACCACCGCCCUGACUACCACCGCUACCUACGCCCUGACUACCACCACUACCACCGCCCUGACUACCACCCUUACCACCGCCCUGACUACCACCACUACCACCGCCCUGACUACCACCACUACCACCGCCCUGACUACCACCGCUCCCACCGCCCUGACUACCACCGCUACCACCGCCCUGACUACCACCGCUACCACCGCCCUGACUACCACCCUUACCACCGCCCUGACUACCACCACUACCACCGCCGUAACUACCACCGCUCCCACCGCCCUGACUACCACCACUACCACCGCCGUAACUACCACCACUACCACCGUUAA